AUGGAGAGGAGGAGACGCAGGUGGAUGGUGGUUCUUCUGAUCUGGAUGAUGGCGGGUGAGUUUGGAGCCCUGGGGGGGACCACAGUGUCUCCUGGCACCACCGAUGACUCUGAUGUCACCUCAUUGGGUGACAACUUCAUAAUGGAUCCCGGUGGAUCAGAAAUGUCCUUCCCUGGCUACUUGGAUGUCACCACAUUGGGUGGCAAGUUCCUAAAGGAUACCGGUGGCUCACAAGCGUCAGAUACCACAAUAGCUCCCACCACCACCGUAGAUCCCACCGCCACCACUGAUUCCACCACCACCAUAGAUCCCACCGCCACCACGGAUUCCACCACCACAAUAGAUCCCACCACGCACCACGGAUUCCACCACCACAAUAGAUCCCACCGCCACCACGGAUUCCACCACCACCAUAGAUCCCACCGCCACCACGGACUCCACCACCACCAUAGAUCCCACCGCCACCACGGAUUCCACCACCACAAUAGAUCCCACCGCAACCACGGACUCCACCACCACCAUAGAUCCCACCGCCACCACGGAUUCCACCACCACAAUAGAUCCCACCGCAACCACGGACUCCACCACCACCAUAGAUCCCACCGCAACCACGGAUUCCACCACCACAAUAGAUCCCACCGCCACCACGGACUCCACCACCACCAUAGAUCCCACCGCAACACGGAUUCCACCACCACAAUAGAUCCCACCUCCACAACGGAUCCCACCAGCACGGAUUCCACCACCACCACGGAUUCCACCACCACAGUAGCUCCCACCUCCACAACGGAUCCCACCAGCACGGAUUCCACCACCACCACGGAUUCCACCACCACAGUAGCUCCCACCUCCACAACGGAUCCCACCACCACCUCAGGACCCUCCUCCAUAAUUUUCUCCUCCACUGGAGCCACCUCCACCACCACUGAGGUCACCUCCGUGUCCGUAUCCACCACUGCCAGAGAAGAGACCUCAACAGAACCCACCACCACCAGCACCCAACUGACCUCCACAGAACCCACCAGCACCCAACUGACCUCCACAGAACCCACCAGCACCCAAGGGACCUCCACAGAACCCACCAGCACCCAACUGACCUCCACAGAACCCACCAGCACCCAAGGGACCUCCACAGCACCCACCAGCACCCAAGUGACCUCCACAGCACCCACCAGCACCCAAGUGACCUCCACAGAACCCACCAGCACCCAACUGACCUCCACAGGACCCACCAGCACCCAACUGACCUCCACAGCACCCACCAGCACCCAACUGACCUCCACAGCACCCACCAGCACCCAACUGACCUCCACAGUACCCACCAGCACCCAACUGACCUCCACAGAACCCACCAGCACCCAACUGACCUCCACAGAACCCACCAGCACCCAACUGACCUCCACAGCACCCACCAGCACCCAACUGACCUCCACAGAACCCACCAGCACCCAUCUGACCUCCACAGCACCCACCAGCACCCAACUGACCUCCACAGCACCCACCAGCACCCAACUGACCUCCACAGAACCCACCAGCACCCAAGUGACCUCCACAGCACCCACCAGCACCCAACUGACCUCCACAGAACCCACCAGCACCCAACUGACCUCCACAGCUCCCACCAGCACCCAAGUGACCUCCACAGCACCCACCAGCACCCAGUUGUCCUCCACAGCACCAACCACCAGCCAAGUGACGUCCACCACUGUCCCCUCCACUGAGGUCACCUCCACGGCCAUCACCAGCUCUUCAGGACCAUCUUCCACCACUGAAGCCACUACUGGAGCCACCUCCACCGCUGUCACCUCCACCGCUGUCACCUCCACUGCUGUCACCUCCACUGCUGUCACCUCCACCGCUGCCACCUCCACAUCUGUAUCCACUGUCCCUUACCCUACGACCACCCCCACUAUUCUUCCUCCUAUUGUUCCCACCACCGUCCCCAUCCCUACAACUACCACCCCCCCUACAACUACAACCGCCCCAACCACUGUCCCCACAACUGUCCCUACAACUACAACCGCCCCAACCACUGUCCCCACAACUGUCCCUACAACUACAACCGCCCCAACCACUGUCCCCACAACUGUCCCUACAACUACAACCGCCCCAACCACUGUCCCCACAACUGUCCCUACAACUACAACCGCCCCAACCACUGUCCCCACAGCUACAACCGCCCCAACCACUGUCCCCACAACUGUCCCUACAACUACAACCGCCCCAACCACUAUCCCCACCACAACCACCACCACUAUCCCUACAACUACAACCACCCCAACCACAACCCCCACCACAACCCCCACCACUGUGCCUACAACUACCCCCACCACAACCACCACCACCCCCACCACAACCACAACCACCACCACCACCACAACCACCACCACCACCACCACCCCCACCCCCACCACAACCACCACCACCACCACCACAACCACCACCCUACCAACCACCACCAACGCAGGUCAAUGCCAGAACGGGGCCACGUGGAACGGGGUCAAGUGCGUGUGUCCCGGCGGGUUCUACGGCACCUACUGUGAGUUGGUCGUCUGCCAAAAUGGGGGGACCUGGGUUGACGGCCUUUGCCAGUGCCCCCCGAACUUCCAGGGGACCGAGUGCCAGUUCUUCAAGGAGAUCGUGGAGGUGCAAGAAGAGGUGACGGUGAACGCCACGGUGGAGAUGAAGGCCAAGGUGGAGAACAGGAACUUCACCGAGGACCUCACGGAUAAAUCCUCCCCGGCUUUCCUGGAUUUCGAGAAGGAGUUCAAGGAGCAGAUGAGGGAGGUCUACAAGGACAUAGAGGGCUACCAAGACGUGGUGAUCCACGAGCUGAGCCAGGGCAGCAUCGUGGUGAACUACACCGUCAUCCUGACGGUUCUGGCCACCACCACGACCACCGAGACGGUGGAGAACAUCUCCAAGAACCUCGUCAGCGCCUUCGAAAGCUACACCAGCUGCAACGAGAGCUGCCAAGGGGACAACUGUUCUUUGUGUUUCAACCCCACGUUCACCAACGUCACCAACGUCGAGGUCCCCGAGGUCCAAACAAGUGUCUGCACCAGGUACAUCCCGGUUGACUUCCAGCCCUUCUACUUCCCCGUUGUCACCACCACCGGCGUCAUCUGCGUCACCAACUGCGACAGCCGAGCCGCCGACCCCUACCGCUGCGUCCACGGCACGUGCUCCGUGUCGCGCCAGGGGCCGCAAUGCCAGUGCACGGACGAGGUGGCGUUUUGGUACCAAGACAAGUUCUGCAGCUCGCGCGUCAGCAAGAUGGGGGUGGCCAUAGGGGUGCCGGUGGCCACCUUGGUGGCGGCGGUUGCCAUCUUCACCGUGUUCAUGGUGCGGGCGCGGCGGCAGAAGGACGAGUACAGGCAAGCGUGCGCAUUGCAAUUGGGGGGGUCCCUUUGAGGGGGGGGACGCGGCUGGUUGUCACCCGUCCCCGUGUUGUGACGCAGGGACAA